AGGCAUGCGUUCUUCGAGACAGACCAGAAGGUUGAAUUGAGCAUCUUCGUGAAAAAUGCCAUCCCAGAUGAUGUCAAGAUUGCGUUUGAGCCCCGGAAAUUCUUCUUCAAGUACGGUGGUUCGGAACUUGUCUUGGAUCCCCUGCGUUCCACAGUCGAUCCAGGCAAAUGCACUUAUCGUGUCGGACAAGUCAAGAUCGAAGUUGUGUUAGCCAAAGUGGCAGCUAUCCGCUGGGGAAGUCUUGUGCAGGACAUCAACCUCCCUGAUCCGAAUGCGCCUUUUGCCUCUUCACUGCCUUCUGAAUCCCAGCCUAAAUCAGGCAAGAACUGGGAGGCAUUAGCAUCUUCCGCUCUUGAGAAUGAAGGCAAGGAUAAGACCAGCGCUGAAGAUCCAAAUGCCGGCGGUGAUGCGGCGGUCAAUGGCUUUUUCCAACAAUUAUAUGCGAAUGCAGAUGAGGACACCAAGCGCGCUAUGCUCAAGAGCUAUACUGAAAGUGGGGGAACAUCUUUGUCGACAGACUGGAAUGAAGUAUCCAGGGGCAAGGUUGAGGUCCGGCCUCCUUCGGGCGCUGAGGAGCGAAAAUGGUGA